GCUAAACCAACACACUCUGAAGACUGGCAGCUGCUGACAGAAGAGCAGAAGUGAUACAGACUCAUUGACGAUGAAGAUUCAGACACCAUUCUUGUUGAUAGCAGCAGUUGUCAUUUGCCUAGCUGCUCAUGGUCUAUGUUUAGCAAAUCCAAAAAUCACAAGAUGCAGAUGUGUGAAAGUCUCAUCUCAUUUCAUUCAUCCAAGAAACUUUCAGCACAUUGAUAUCUUCCCUCAGAACUCGUACUGCAGAAAGGUAGAGAUUAUAAUUACACUGAAGGACGAUGCAAAGAUCUGUGUGAAUCCCCAAACUACGUGGGUCAAAAAAGUGAUUAAUAUUUUGACCGCAAGAAACUGAAAUGCUGAAGAAGCUACCCGGAGACCUCCUAUUGCAGGUCAAUUGGCUGAAUGAAACAAAACACAACUUCCAAAGAACAGAUUAUAUAGUUACUGAACCAAGCUUUUGCCACUAAAUGUGCAUUGUAACAGACAGGCCCAGAGCUGAAAUGUUUUCUGUUUCCAGCCAUGGGCUCCAGCAUCUGCAGUCUCUCGCAUCUCUGAUUCUCUCACCUGUAUAUUGGUCCUAUCACGAUAUUCAGAAAUCCACAGAAAUCUUUCAAUCGUGUUUUACUCUUUCAUAUGAUAGCUUCUGAGCAUUAUUUUAAUAAUCAAAAUAGUUUUAUGCAUCAAUCAAAAUGAUAAAAGUGUAAAAUUACAAUAAAAUAUAUUUUUCUCCUGUUCAUUAAUAUCUGAAACAAUUAUUCUUUCAAUGGAUUUACAUGGAUUAAAUGCUAAUACCUGCAUGUCUUAUUAGUUGUUAUGAUCCAACAUUGACCAGUGUUUGAUUCUAGGAUUUCCAGAUCUACAAAGUAAUCAGAUAUAAUGGCAAUGUGAAAACAAUGUGAUGUGUAAUAAUUCGAGUAAAUAUUGGGCUAGAAAUUGAAGGGCUUCCAUUAAAAAGUGUUUGGGUGGCACUGUGGCUGGAAGGGAUAGAUACGUUUGUUUUGUGUGAGUUACUCACGUCUCCCGUCCCCUUAACCCCACCCCGCCAUCCAAACAAAACGGCAAGGUGAUCGUUGGGUUGCUGAUGGAGGUAGCCAGAGAGGUUGCAGAUUGUGGCUAGAGGAGGUGGGUUGAGUCAUAAAGCGAAAAUUGUGGAUAAAUGAUAGGUGAUCGGACUGGACUUAAGAUGGAUGGAUAUAGCUUCUAGAUCAGGCAAAAUAAAAUUUAUGGUCUCUUGAACCAAAGCAGCAAGCAAUUUGGCAGGGAACAAUUACCAAGACAUUCACAAUGUGGAACCUACCCAGAAGAGAAAGGGCACAUCAGUCUCCCUUUUACUGAUACAGCAGGCUUCAACCUGCAGCAGCAUGCAAGACCACAUCUUUCACAAGCCAGGAAUGUGAAAAAUACUUCUUCCCAAAUGAUGCCAAACCAGGCAAAAUAACUUUUUGAUACCAAUAAAGUCUCCAGCACUGUGAACAUCAUACAAAUGACAGGCUCAAGAUAAAUUUCCUGAAGUAAUUAAUGGUAAAAUUUGAUUGCCUGGUACAGAACCUGCACCAGAAAAAGAGAAUUUCAGGCCCAUUGUUCAGUGUCCUGAAUUUAGCACAGCUACAUUUUGAUAUUGUGGAAAACAGGUUGAUGAGCUAUUUUGAAAUUGUGGGUUUAUAUAUAUUUUGCUGUCAACAGUUUAAAGUACAUUCAAUAUUUUUUUAUAAAUGAAAUGGUCAAUACACAAUUCCAGUUACUGCUCAUUCUGUUCAUCUUUCAUUCCACUUUUUUUGUAUAUCAUUAAAAUUCCUCACAAAUUAGUUAUAUUUUUUUAACAAAUUUACACGUAUAAAUAGAAUAAUGUUCAGGAUUUGUGGAACAUCUCAAUUAGCAUGCAUCUUCAAGAACAUGUGUACCAAUUGAUAUGAAUAUUAAUGCUUUGAUAUACUGUGCACUGCUGUUAAUUGUUCACCUUUAAUAAAGGAUGUUUGUUUAGUAG